CCUCUCCUGCUCGCACAGAUACAUAUCCUUUGUCUCUCUCUCUCUCUCGCUCCGAGAUUUUGAUCUCUCCUCUUUCUCUCUCCGCGUCUUUCGCGCGCGCGAUAUAAUAAUAAUCCUUCCCCGUGCGCGCAAAUGACUGCCCGAGACAGGUCGAGUUGAGAAGAAGAAAACAGGAAAAAAAAAAAAUUGUCAGCCAACAACUCCGAGUAUUAAAUCGGAGAGAGGGAGAGAGGGGCCACCAAAAAAGCAGCUUCGUUGCAUAUAUAUUCGAUAUAUACUAUAUAUGCAUUUCUCUACUGCCACAACGAUAUAUGUCGUCGCGUCCGUAUCGCGCGAGCGCGUGCUGCUGCAGUUCUCCAACACGCAGCGGAGUUUUCUGCGCGAGACUUGCGCUGCUGGCUGGCUCUGCACGGCCGCGUGUUGUUGUGUGUAUAUAGCGUAUAUAUGAGAGUGUGUGACAUCAUGAGCCCAGGAAGUGGACCGAAAUAGACGGGUGAAAAAAAUCAAUUUCUCUCCUCUCUCUCUCGAGAGCUGCUGCUGGUCGCGCUUCAACACGAGAGCUGUGCGAUCGAAGCUGAGUGGAGCUGAGUGGAGCUGAGCGAGCGAGAGAGAGAGAGAGAGAGAAAGUUUAGCGGAGCUGCAAGGAAGUUUCGCGCGCGCGGCACACGACAGGAUGUCGUCGAUUAUUAUCACUGGUGGCUGCUGCUGCUGCUGCUGCUACUCGUACUGAGAGAGUAAAGCUCGCAUAAGAAGGCACCGCGGCGCGCUUCGUCAGCGGAGAGGCAGAGCGCUCCAUUUAGCUCCAAGGGGCACUUAUGCCGGGUACAUCCGGCCAGCAUCAGCAGCAGCAGGCCCAGCAGCAGCAGCACUACUACCACAGCGGUAGCCAUGAGCACGAGCACGGAGGAGCGGGCUCGCACGCUGCUGGCCGAUCUCGGCAAGGCCACCCUCCGGGGCAUACGCAAGUGUCCCAAGUGCGGAGUCUACAAUGGCUCGCGCGGCUCCAGCUGCAAGAACAAGAGCUGCCUGGCCGUCUUCAAGGAGUCUGCCUCCCAGGACAGCAACGGCAAGGCCCGAACUGCGUCGCUGGGCCCCAAUGGGACCAGCAACAGCAGCAGUAGACUGGCCAGCGACGCCUGCAAGCUCGUCACGGGUAGCCAGGCCCAGGUUUACUCGGUCAGGGCGAGGGAUCGCGGGCCCGAUCAUCGGGGCUUGGUGCAGUUGCCCGAUGCCAACACCGCGACGACGGCUGCGACGACGACGACGAUCGCCGAGACGGAGACCAGUGCCGCUACCGGUUGCAUCGGUAACGAUUCGGGACUGCUGCAGGCCGCUUCCGCCAACAGCGCGAUCAUGUGCUUCAUCGAUAGCUGCGAGAAAAAUUACAAGAAUAACGUUCUACAGUGCCAUGAAAAAGACGCCGUCGACCCCGCUACGACGACCUCUUGUUGUCAACACGUGCAAGCGGCUUACCGCUGCUACGCCGAGGCGCAGCCGCUGACGCUGCGCAACUCCAUACUGUCCUCGCUGAACGUCAAUCAGGAGACCAAGCAGGAGAUCUGGCUGCUGGCCACCGACUCGUCGGGGCCUCUGGUUCAGAGGGUGUCCAAGAACAUCAUGGCGGUCAAGUGCAAGGUGUCGCCCGAGCAUCCCCUCGGCUAUCUGCACUUCUCCUUCUUCACCACCAAGCUCAAGGACAGGGUGGAUCAUAAAUUUUACUGCAGUUGCUCCUCUUUUAAGACUGGUAAAGUAAGUGAAAACAGAACUGACGCCAGACGAUGCGUACACUUUUACGCCUGUGUAUGCGCAUUUGCCAGCGAUCCGAAAUUAAGCGAAGAGUUUCAGUAUUACAUUAAUUUGGAUCAACUUAAGUUAAAUCUCGAGGAAUCUCUGGAUUUUGGAUUCAGUACCUGCGAGGCGGAGAAGCUUAUUGAAAUGGAUUUAGAUAGUCUCUCAGAUGAUACUCAUUUAUUAAUAUUCCGCGAUGACUCAUUGGCUGUUCAAAAUUUACCGACCGAUAGAUUGGAUAUCGAUAUUAAUUUAGACGCAGCGCUAUUGGCUGGAAGUAUUGAUUUAAAGGAUAAUAAUUUAUUAUACGAUGUUAAUAAUAUGGACGCAAUUAGUCAGAAUUCUUUUUGUGAUGUUAAUGCAAUAAAAGUAAUCAGCGACUCUAUUUUGGUGAACGCCAACAUAGAGAACAUGAUUGACAAUCAGCCGAUCCUCGAUAACGUCCUCAAACAAACCGAUGGUACAAUGAUAAAAGUCUUAGAGAAUAAUUUCAUGCUAGAUCCCGAUAAUCUUAAGUUCUUAGAAACCAACCCCCUACCCCUAGGCAACACAGAUGAUUUAUUUAAAUUGCCGAUGGAGCAGAAGAUAUUACCGCCUAUGAAGCGUGGCAGGGAAAAGAACAAAUCGCCCUCGUCCAUUGCAAAUAUUAAUUCUAUCGAGCGAAGAAAAUCAAAAAUCAAAACUUCAUCCGGAGUUAGAAAGUAUUACAAUAACUCGAGUGAAAACAUUGAUGAAACCAGUACUAGUUUAUCAUUUACCAGCUGGUUGGCCUCGAUAACGGAGCGCAUCAAUCAGACGAUGCACUUUCAGUUCUCGGGCAAACCAGAUCCGCUAGUCUUCCAUGUGCCACAAUCAUUUUUCGAGUGCUUGCGAGAGCGCAUCUCUUGCGGUGCCAAAAAGAAACGCUUACCAAACUCGACGAACGCGUUCGAGCGUCGCGAGGGUGUGCCCCUGGGUACUUUCACCAAGUACACCUGGCACAUCACCAAUGUCCUGCACGUUAAGAGCAUCUUCGAGACGCCCCUCAUGCCACUUGAGAUUACCAAAAGUUUCAUCCAGAACGCGGACGGAACUUACGAAGUUUACAAGAGGGAAGAGACUGAAAUGGAUAAGUAUAGAAAGACGGAGAACAAUCCGCUGAUUAAGCCGCUGGAGCUGCAGACUUAUUUGAAAGUUGGUAAUAUAUCUCCUCAUCAAACUCAACCAACGCCGUUCAUCAUAGAAUGGAUUCCGGAUAUAUUACCCGUAUCUAAAAUUGGCGAACUUAAAAUAAUGUUUGAAUUCGGAAAAAACGAUUCCUCUCAGAAGUAUCGGAAAUUCGCCCAAUCUAAAAAUUGUUAAACCUUUUUAGAGAAAACUUUUGUGAUGUUAAAACAUUCAUAAUCAUUGUUGACUGCGUCUUUUACGACAGGCUUGAAAUGAUAUUUUUUAUUAUGGACUGCUUAUUUACUAAUAUAAUAUAUUUUAAUGCGCAACUAACAAAUGACAAAAAUCAAUUUCUUAAGUGGAAAUAGUUCAUGCAACAGAUUGGAAAAUUUCCCAAUUAUGUUUUUGCGUAGCCAUGUUCAAUUUACUGUGAAAUUUUAAGUUAAUGUAAUAUUUCCACCAGAGAGUGAUAAUAUUUUUAUAUAUGUUUAUAUUUUAAUGUUUUAUUUUUAAAUAUAAGUUGAGAUGCAUAUUUUUGAACAAAUGUUAAAUUAUCUACGAGUGCCUAAUGUUGAAAAGAAAUCUAUAUCUACAAAAAUAUAAAUAUAUUUAUUCUAUAAAGUUACGCUGAUAUCUAUUUGAGAGAAAAAGAGAAUAUUUAAGAAAAAUUAAUUAAUAACUGCGACAUCUAAUGCUUAAUACUUAAUAUAAACCAAAUCGAUCUUGAAUAAUUGAUGUAAGAAUAGAUUUAAAAAAAAUAACUUGAUCUUUAUUUGCCAUUAAUAAUAAUAAUAAUAAUGAUAAUAACAUAUUGCAUUGUAAAUCUAUUUACAAAUAAGAUUUAUUUUAAUAUGAUAUCUCAUCAAAUUUUGAUUGGCUUCCUUAAAAUUUGAAUCAAAAAGCCAUAAACCUAUCAAUAUAUAAUCAUCAGUAUUUGGUGUCAAAAAAAAAAAAUAAAGCUUAUUACUUUGAUGCUUACUCUA